AGGAUAAAGAAUUUGGAAACUUCUUCGAUAAACCCCAAAAAUUUACAGCCAGACACUCCUCACAUGGGAAUGGGAUUUUCCUUUUAUUUUUUUGCCUAGCUUUACGUUUCCACCUUUCUCCGUGGUAAUGAUAUCAUAGGAAACUCUCCACUGUACAGACAAAGAGGCAAAGAUUCGGAGAAAGUGUGAGAGAUUUUUCACAGGGAGAGAGAGAAGGAAAGAGAGAGAGAAUGGAGAGGAGGUCUCUAGUAUUGUGUACAUUUGUGGGGUUUCUAGGCCUGUUAUCUGCUGCUCUGGGUUUUGCUGCAGAGGCCAAGAGGAUAAAGGGUUCCCAAGUUCAGUUCUCCUCUUCUACCGCAUGCACAUACCCCAGGAGUCCAGCUUUGCCUCUUGGAUUAACUGCAGCAGUGGCUCUUAUGAUCGCUCAAGUUAUGAUUAAUAUUGCAACUGGGUGUAUUUGUUGCAGGAGAGGUCCCCAUCCUUCUAACUCUAAUUGGACAUUAGCACUAAUCUGCUUUGUCGUUUCCUGGUUCACAUUUGUCAUAGCAUUCCUUCUGUUGCUGACGGGCGCUGCCCUCAAUGACCAGCAUGGCGAAGAGAGCAUGUACUUUGGCAACUACUACUGCUACGUCGUGAAACCUGGAGUCUUUGCAGGAGCUGCUGUCUUGUCCCUUGCCAGCGUUACUCUGGGGAUCCUCUAUUAUCUCACCUUAUCAUCAGCAAAAGAGCGCAAUGAUCCAUGGCCUGGUCCUGUUGCUCCUAACCAAGCUCAAGUAGGUGGUGGUAUUGCAAUGGGACAACCCCAGUUCCCUCCCCAGAACCCACCCAACCAAGAUCCGGUUUUUGUACAUGAAGACACUUACAUGCGGCGACAGUUCACUUGACCAGAAGAUUCCUGGUUCAAUGUUGGUGUUCGCUUCUGUUGUAUCCUGGUAUGCUGCAGUGAAAAGCCCUGAAGAUCUCAUCACUGCACCAGCAUCUCUUCAUGGUGUCUGUCUGGCUUUGUUGGCAUGAGUAAGAACACCCCUUUUUUGAAACACCGCUCUCUUUAUUUUUUCCCAUUUUCAGUAGAGCUUCAAAGAUAUGCUAGAAAUUAUUCAUGUUGUUGUACAUAUUAUUAUGGAACAGAAUGUAUAUCUCUUGACUGGGAUGGAUAGAUGGAUGGAUUCUUACUAUUAUUUGAAUGCAAGGAGAAAUGCUUUUAUUCAUCA